AUUUUUUUAAAAAGGAAAACUGAAGGAGACUCAUUAUCAGGCCUUAGCUAGGAGGAAGGCGAGGUUUAUCUCAUCUCCAUUGCACAUCUGAGGCUGGGCUGUAGCGGGGAGAGAAUCGAGUUGGACGUGGUGCUCCAAGGAAGGGAUCGAAAUCAUCAGAAGCCUCCUGCCAAUCGAUCUAGCCUGAGAUUGUCUGAUCGGCACGCCCUACCUAGCAAUCCUUCAGCUUUGCUAACCAUUCAGCAGAAGCAGCUACAACCGGCAGUUUCGUGUCGAUGUGCACAGAAUCAGUGAUGCCAGACAACGGGAAGGGUGGGAGCAUCUGACAUCGGACUUCCCUUUGUGACAAAGGAAGAACCAAAAUCUUCAGCGUCCAGUCAACAUGAGCCUAUCAAAAGCCAUGGGGCUCAUUGGUGGCAUCAAUGAGUUUGGUAAUUUUUUCCAGUUGGUCAGAUCUGCUUUCUCAUAUGUGCGCUCCCAAUGGAACGGAACACUGAAGCAACAAGUUCAAGAAGAUGAUGUACUGCAGUUGCAAAGUGACCUUCGAUGCCUGAAUGAAAUUCUUCCAGCAAUGUACAACCUUAUUGAUCGAGCAGAGUGGAGGAGCCACCAAAAUUGUGUGGCAGAGCUCCUUCCAAAAUUCAAGGAUGCAGUAUAUGAUGCAGAGGACCUCCUGGAUGAAUUUAGAUGGUACGAGCUCAAGGUGGUAAUUGAGGGCAAUACAACCCAGGUGUCUCCUUUCAUUGAUUUCUUUCGCAGUGUCACUCAAGGCAGCUUCAACAAAGUGACUGAUAUCCAGAAAAGGCUAAGUAAUCUUUCUAACCAGCUCGAGAAAAUGGGCUUGCAUGACAGAACUCCACGGUUUGACAAAUCGCUCAGGCCAGUGACCACUUCAUUCUGCACUGAGCAAAAGAUAUUUGGUCGUGAGAAGGAACUGGAGGAGGUGAUCAGAUUGCUUGGUGUACCAAACUAUAGUACCAGGUCUUCCAACAAACGGAAGAGAACUUCUAAUGCAGCUAACAAUGAACCAAGGAUGGCAUUUGUUCCUGUUUUACCAAUAGUUGGAAUCGGGGGUGUUGGAAAAACUACUUUAGCACAAGAGAUCACCACGCUUCAAAGGGUCAAAUCUCACUUUGACAAGAUCAUUUGGAUUUGCGUCUCUGAUGACUUUGAUGAUGAGAGGUUUACUAAAGUUCUCAUAAAAUCUCUAUCCGGCAAAGAGGCAACCGCUGAUAAUUUCGAUGAUCUUCAACAAGAUCUUUUUCAUGAAGUGGGGCAAAAAAGGUUCUUGCUGAUCCUUGAUGACAUUUGGCCUGAUGCCUUGAAGGGGGGCUGGAGGAAAUUUUGUGCACCUCUCACAAAUGCACUUCAGGGAAGUAUGUUGUUGGUGACAACUAGGUUUGCAGAGGUUGCUGAUACAGUGGGCACAAUGAAGUCCUUUCCAUUGGAGGGCUUGAAUUCCGAAGUCUUUUGGGAUUUUUUCAAAUUAUGUGUGUUUGGGCCUGGGGAUUCUCACAUUGAUCCUCAGUUAGAGAUGAUCGGUAGAAGCAUACUUCCCAAGUUGAAGGGAACUCCUUUAGCUGCCAAGACUAUUGGAAGGCUACUAUGGAAGAACCUUAACACUGAACACUGGAAUGAUAUACUAAACAAUGAACUGUGGCAGCUUAGACAACAGGAGACCGACAUUUUGCCAGCUCUUCGAUUGAGCUACAUGUACUUACCUUUCCAUUUGAAGAGAUGCUUCUCAUUCUGUGCUGUGUACCCCAAAGAUUACAAUUUUGAAAAGGCCAGUUUAGCUGAAAUGUGGGUUGCAGAAGGUUUUGUUGAACCUCAAGGUAACAUUCCACUUCAGCAUCUUGGUUAUCAGUACUUUGAAGACCUUGUAAAUUUGUCCUUCUUCCAGAAACUCCGUGAUACAUAUGUAAUACAUGACUUGAUGCAUGACAUGGCACAGCUAGUUUCAAAGGACGACUGCUUCAUUGUAAAGAAUGCGGGUGACCUUAAAAAAGUUCCUCAAAAUGUCCGCCAUCUAUCUAUACUCAGAAGCAGUGAUGUUAAGCAUACCCACUUAUUGAGCCUAAGCAAGCACACAAAGCUGCGCACCUUGCUUUGCAACAAGUCUUUAAUGAGUGUGGCAUCAUAUUCAGCGAUGGAUUGCUGGUUUAGAGAACUUUGGUGCCUGCGUGUCAUUUUUUGUGCCUACAUGAGGGAAUUUCCAGAGAGUAUUAGCAACCUGAAGCAUCUCCGGUACCUCGAAAUUUCCAGAGCUUGCCCUUUCAAGAGCCUUCCUUCAUCAUUAUGUUGCCUCUAUAACUUGCAGAUUUUAUAUGCUAAGAAAUGCGUGUUUGACUGCUUACCAAUAAGUGGCUUCAGUAAGCUGAUCAAUCUACAAAAGUUUGAAGCACAGGUACCGAUACAGAUACAUACAGUUGGAGUUGAUGCUAAGGAGUGGGGAAAUGAAAUUAGGUUGAUAAACAAUUUUAAUCAAAUUACCAGAGAUUUGAUUAUUUAUAAUCUUGGUGCAAUAAGCAAGGAUCAUGCAGCAGGAAUGGAACUUAGGAAGAAGGAAUAUCUUAAUGGUCUGACUUUGAGAUGGUCUUCAUUGAGAUCUCCAGAGCACAAUGAGAUAGAAGUGCUUCAAGCUCUACAUCCUCCCACCAGUAUCAAAUAUGUGUACCUCGAGGGUUAUCCAGGUGAAUAUCUUCCAAGCUGGGUUGCUCCAUACAAUACUGAGGUACCAGCUGUGAUAGUUGACAACAAUAAUGGUAGGAUUGGUAGCAUUUUAUCAUCGUUAACAGAACUAAGCAUUGAAGGGAGCGAAAAGUUAUCAAACCUCGAACAAUUUCUACAACCAGCAUGUGUACCUGCAAUCAAGAAAAUAGUAGUUAAAAACUGCCAAAGCUUAAUAUCACUACCAACUGCAAGGUUUGGAGAUUUAUCUUGCCUUGAAGAAAUGAAGAUAUCUUGUUGUCCAAAUAUCAUUUCACAAAGUCUGUUUGUCCCAUCCCUGGAGAAGCUCGAGCUGAAAGAAUCUGGGAAUCUCGGAGACAGUAUUGAGUGUUGCUCCCUAACCUACUUGCAUCUAUCAUGUUCCAAUCUAACGUCCAUCGAACUAGAAAAGUGGAGGCUUCCAGCUCUGCAGGAGCUCACGAUUAUGGGGUGUGACUCUAUUACAUUUAUUGGAGGAAGGAUUGGUAGCAUUUUCUCAUCAUUAACAAAGCUAAGCAUUGAAGGAUGCAAGAAGUUAUCAAGCCUCGAACAAUUUCUACAACCAGCUUGUGUACCUGCAAUCAAGAAAAUAGUAGUUGAAAACUGCCAAAGCUUAAUAUCACUACCAACUGCAAGGUUUGGAGAUUUAUCUUGCCUUGAAGAAAUGAAGAUAUCUUGUUGUCCAAAUAUCAUUUCACGAACUCUGUUUGCCCCAUCCCUGGGGAAGCUCGAGCUGAAAGAAUCUGGGAAUCUCGGAGACAGUAUUGAGUGUUGCUCCCUAACCUACUUGCAUCUAUCAUGUUCCAAUCUAACGUCCAUCCAACUAAACAAGUGGACCCUUCCAGCUCUACGGAUUCUCAUGAUCCGUAGUUGUGAAUCUCUGACAUUUAUUAGAGAAUCUGAACUGAUAUCCACUGACCUUUCCCUUGACCGGGCCAACCUUUCCCUUGGCGAGGCCAGAAGCAGCAUUGAAAAGUUCCCGUUACUCACUGACCUAACAAUUGAAAACUGCAACAAGCUGGAAACUGUCCAUUUCCUAUAUCUCCCUGCCAUCGAGAGUAUUCGUGUUACCUGUUGUGUGCUACUGUCCCUGCCCAUUGAAAGAUUUCAAAGUUUUCAUUUGCUGAAGGAAUUAAACCUUAUAGAGUGUCAUGGUCUCAACUGGGAGAGUGGAAUGGUGUUACCAUUGUCCCUCCAAAAGCUCAAGUUAUGGGAUUGUGGGGAUUUUUCUGCCUGGUUUACGGGCUGCCUAGAGACCCUCACCUCCCUCAUGUCACUGAUCCUUGUUUCCUGUGAGCGCAUAGUGUCCAUUCCUGACCACCUGUGGAGCUGUAAUCUUGCAUCACUCCAGCUAUUGCGGAUUGAGACUUGUCCAGACCUUGAAUCAAUUGGUGGACCGGAAAUAAUUGCAAGCAUAGAAAAUGUAUGCAUUAAUGACUGCCCAAAGUUGAAGGAAAUAAAUCAGCCACUGAGCAGAGGCCGUUGGUGGUCGACUGAUUGGUGAGAAGGAGCAAGUAGCUGUAGGGCUUGAAGGCCGAGGAAAUAGACAGCCCAUAUCGCUUUCCUUCGAUGACUGAACCGAGCGAGUGCUCGGGUGGCUUGCGGUUCCGUCGUGCACGCAGCCCACGCGAGUUCGAUUCGUGUCUCACCGGGGUUUUUGCCCCAAUAACCCCUGGGAUGGAUCCAGGCAGGAUAUAUGGUACCCUCUCAAAAAAAAAAAAAGUUCUUACGCUUGUUUUCUUCCCUUCACUCUUAGCCUUAAUGAAAAACAAUUCAUAGAUUGGGUUGUCUGUUAGAUGUGUAAUGCGUUAUAUAUAUCUGUUUGCAAUUCAUGUUUCUGUGCAAAAAUAAGUGGGGCAGAACACUUGUAUCAUGGUCCCCUCUGUUAAGCUUUUCAUAUAUCAUGUGACUUAAACGAUUGAGUUGCAAUUUUGAUAUUUCAAUUGAAACAGAA